AUGAACGGAAGCAUAGAUUUAUCGGAAGAGGAAGAGAGACCGCUAUGGUCCAGGUUCGGAUGGGGACACAUUGCGCGACUUUGCCGACGUAAAAAGCGAAGAGUUGAUCCAGAAGGAGCUAAUGGGAGGAAUAAAAAAGAUUCCCAUCGUAGAGUGAACCGCCCGCCAUCCGCCCAAUACAGUACGUUUGGUGAACUAGUACGAACAAGUGCGCCAUCUGGAUUACAAUGCGCCUUGUUCUGCGGUGGGUCUCGAUGCAAGUAUGAACUACCUUCGAAGCGAUCAUCGGCGAUACAAGGACUAUACUCAGACUGGGUCACCGUAGACAUUCUGGCGAUGGCGCGUCCCAGUACAAUGAGCAUCGCUGCUAGAAAUAUUAUUCAACAAUUUCACAGUUGGGGUGUUUGCACUGUGAUAAACUUACAAAUGCCUGGAGAGCAUGCCAGUUGCGGUCCUCCUCUCACGAAAUCUGGUUUUACAUAUGACCCUGUGAUUUUCAUGGCGAACGACAUAUACUACUAUAACUUCGGCUGGCCAGACUAUGGAGAAGCAAGUCUUUGCGGUCUACUUGAUAUGGCGAAGGUCCUGUCCUUCGCUUUACAAGAAGGAAGAGUGGCUAUACAUUGUCAUGCUGGUAAUUAUUAUAUUAAAUAUUAA